ACCUGAAAUUCUUUCUUUUUUUUUUAUUCAUUUUAUCGGCUUCCAUGGAUACUCUCUCAGCAUCCGUUUCAUCAUCCUUGAACCUCCCUUCUCUUCCUCCACCGCCGCAGCCACCGUUAAGAUCCAUCUCCCGCCGCUUUAAAUCAAGCGCAAACGCCACUACUUCUGCUGCAUCUACCAAUCUCUCAAAACCAACAUCGUCUUCACCUUCUUCAUCAUACUCACACAACAAAAACCUUAAUUUCUCCAGAGCACUCUCGUUUCCGGUUCCGCACACAAAACCCUCUAGAGUUACUCCUCCUCCUCCUCCGGUGCACGAUAAAGCGGCCUCGGGGUUUGCUGCGGCGCUCGUUAGCGUUUGUCAAUCGAAGAAUUGUCUUGGUCGGACUCAAGAAGAUGUCAGAAGAUUGAUGGAGUUUCUUGUGGGAGAAGAAAAGAAGAGGAACAAGGUCUUAGUCAAUGAUGUUGUUGAGAGAGGUAAAUUUGGUAAACACUUGAAGGGCUUGGUCAAGAUGUUGAUUACAAGAGGUAAAUCUGGGAUUCUCGUUGAUGUUUUAAUGGAAUUUCAGAGAAUCUGUAAUGAAUUGGUCACAACAAAACUUGUCUGGGUUUCUUGAUGAUACAAAAGAUUGUAAAAGAUAUCAUAUCUAAUCCAAAGUUUGCUUCUUUACACAAGAAAUGUUAUACUACUAGUCUUUGGUUGAUGUUUUUAUGGAAUCUGAGAGAAUCUGUAAUAAAUUGUUUGUCUGAUGAAACAAAAGAUUGUAAAAGAGAUUAUAUCAAAUCCAAAGUUUGAUUUUGCUU